UCGCUGUCGGCGGCGGCUUCUUUUCGGCAUCAGAGUUUGGGGGCUUCACCACUGCGUCGCAAUGGGACGCGGCUGCGGCAAGUUGGGUGGCGCCACGCAUGGAAAUUGACCACGUCAAGGUCUGGGCCUGGCCCCCGCCUCCUGGCGUGUGA